CGCCGCGCUCGCGCCCGCUACCAGAUCACCUACACUCAUUACAAAAAGCAACUCAUUAUAAACAAGUCACCUCAUGAAUGCAACACCGCAGUGUGAACAAUGAGGGUCCACCGGUCGCUCCAGGGUGCGUCGACGCUCGACUGUUUUACAAAACGGAAAGCCAAGGACGCGGCGCGCAUCACAAUUAGCGAAGAGAGUUUCGGUGGCAUAUGAAUACAAAGUUCUCCUCGAUAUUUCGCCCGAAGAAAUUACAGACGCCGAAGGACUCGAGGACGAACGUGACGUAACCCAGCCGAUGGCGGUGAAAAGUUUGUCGCGGAUUAUUCCGAACGGGGACACUUGUUUCAUGCCAUAGUGCUUGUUAUGCACAGCCGUGGCCGAAAGUCAGCGAAAUUUUGGCAACUGGACAACAGGCUAUAGUUGACCUGCUAUCAGUUGGUACACCUUGUGAUAAUCAUUCGCGAAGGACAUUGUCGAGUGUCACUAUUGUGAAGCAGUUCGUAAGGACGAAUAAAAACACUGUGAAGUGAAUGAAUUUUGUGACCAGCCGUGUUAUAGAGGUUGGCUAUGGACGCAACAGUACCGCGUGUAUUACUCAGCAUAGCACUAGCGGCCCUCCUGCCAAUGGCCUCGCCAAACAAUGAGGAGAGGUUGGCGAAGGAAAACAUACCACAUUCAAGACAGAAAAGGAUACUUUGGAUCACAAAUGACGGGCGAUUGGCGUUACCACCAGGAACUACAAUGGCCAUCACUCCGUCACUGUCGAUGCCAUUCGUCAGACAUCCACCAAAAGGAUUUUUGUCAAAUAUGACAGUUAGUUUUCCUUUUACAAUUGACUUCGACAAACUGGGAUUAACUGAUAAUGAAAACCCUUACGGGGAUUUUCCUCCAAUAUUCGCGCGGUCGAUGGGCCGAGCCGCUGUCUCCAUGAUGUCUGAUUACGUUGGGCAAUACUUGGAGAGAAGAAGAGGGAAGAGGUCUGAAGAUGUUCCUCCUGAUAUGGAGAAAGUUGUGUUGGACAGAUUACAUGGUGGGGAAAGAGCUCUAUUAUACGGGGUGGCCGAAGACCUCUUAGCAAACUUCGGGCUAUCCGGUAAAGAAUGCUUAUUACGGGUGAUAUGUGAGGUGCAAGCGCAUCCCCUUACCAACUUUGGUUUUCUUGGAGAAAUCAUGAAAUUGUUUUUUACUCCAAGUAAAUCUCCCUACGCGCAUCUACUGAAGGAGUACGUGGAAGCCGAGAAGGCAGGGAGCGAAGCGGGAGGUGAAUGUUGGCCUUACUUCCGACUUUGCCCCAAGAGUAUAUUCCAAGCAUCCCCAAAUAAGUAUUCGAAAGACGCAGAAGACAUGCACAGGAGACAGGAACAAACAGAAAUUGAUGAUAACAAUAUAGAUCAAAUGAAAGCUAUGUAGAAAAUUAGCAAUUCCUCUGUAGAUGUCCUGUAAGCAGUAUCCCAAAUGUAGUGGUAGUGUCCGACCAAAGUUGACUGUAAAUUAUAUUUGUUAUUUAUUAUUUAUAUCUAGUGCCAUUUUAUCUGUUUAGUAGUUAAAUUUGUACUAUUGCUGUGUAUAUUUGGAGUACUUUGAAAGGUUUACAUAUCUAUUUAUUUUUAUGCAAUCUUUUUGGAAGUGUUUCGAUUUGCGCCAUUGUAAAAAAUAAUAUCUAUACCUUAGUUUGAAUAGAAUUCUUAUUAUUACUUUUAAAUAUUUUUUUUACGUUUGUACUUAUUCAACUCUAUUUAUUGUUAGUAUU